CUAACUGCUCGCCUCGAAGUCUGUAUAAAAGGACCCAGAGUUUUAGCAGACGAUCACAGGGAAGUUACUCGUCUUUAAAGUGACUACAAACUGCAGAAAUGUUCGUGAAAACAAUCUCACUCCUGGCCUUAGCUGCCUUUACAUCAGCACAGACACCCUCAGGAUCAGGAUCAUUUAACUGUCCCAGCAAUGAAAUGAGGAACUACGAAUACCAGAACGACUGCACAAAGUACUGGCAGUGUGACGGUGGGGUACCCACCCUCUCAGACUGCAGCCCCCAGCUCAUCUUCGACCCACGUAACGGCACCUGUGUCUACCCUCUAGACUCCAGCAGACCCAACUGUAACGAGGAGGCAGCAAGAAAUCUCCGUAUCCCACGUAUCUGCCUCAACCCCCCAGCCGGGUCCAACCCCAAGUGGGCUUUUGUUGUCCCCCAUGAACGUUACUGCAACGCCUACUUCACCUGCUCCUUGAACUACCUGUACGCUCAGUGCUCAUUCUGUGGGGAGGGCAUGUACUUCAACGAGGGUGCUGGUGGCUGUCGUGACGCCCGAGGGGUCAACCUUCAGAACGUCUGCCGAGGCAAAGAGUACGUGGAGCACAGGGACAUUGUCCUGAGGACACUGGACAACUCCUGCUCCCUCUACUUCGGGGCGGGCGUCAACCCCUACCAGCUCCUCAUUGAUCUACUUCUCGGGGGUCGCAGCACCGCUCCCCUGGGGGGCGACUACCCCACCACCGGCAGGCCUCAGACCACCCGCCCAUUCAAUGGUUAAUAAAGACGUCAGACAAGAUGGCUGAGCGGAUAUGACGUCAUCAGCUGGACUUCAAACAGUGAAAAGAAAUGGGAUGUCCCAUUGUUGUGUUGUACUGAGUAAAGAAGAUGGAGUAAUCAUGCAUACAUAUUAGUCUUAUGUUUAAAUAUCUUAUUUUUAGGAAUAAAAAAAAAUCCAUUAUGAA